AUGUCGUUGAGAAGGUUAGUGAGGCUCGCUACUCGGGGAACAGCGCAUAUAUUCCCUACAAGGUAUGGGUUUCCAAGGCUUUCGAACAAUAAAGUUGCAACAUUUGUACGAAAUAUCAACUCAUCAGUGACUAGAGAUGACCCAACAGCAAAACCAAUAGCAUAUUCAGGUGAAGAAAAGGAGCCAUAUUCACAACUAUGUGAGGUUGUGAAGACACCAAUAUGGGAACUACAACAGAAACUUCGAAAGGGGGAUUUCCAGGGUCAUUUGGCUAGAAUAAAAGGAGUUGAAAAUCCAGAUGAAUUGAUAAAGAAGUUUCAGGCUGCUUUACAUAAUCAAUUCAAGGUAUCACUAAAUAACUUCAAGCUCGAGAAACUUGAUGUUUCAGACUAUAUAAACCCAAGGAUUGAGAACAUCGUGAACAUUAUUUGUCUGAUCAAUGACAACCAAGUUCCUUACAAUUUACCUGAGUUUUAUGAUUGCAGUACUAAGAAUGAGUUUUUGACUAUGAUAUUGUCUCACUUAUUGCACAAGGAGUACAUAAAUGAAGUUAUCGAUAAACUACCAGCUCUGACUUCUCUUAUAGACUUUUCGAAUCCGGCAGAGUGGUUUCCAGAAGCCCGCAAGAUGAAAAGAAAGAUAAUAAUGCAUGUGGGUCCAACAAAUAGUGGAAAGACCUAUAACUCACUCAAGAAGUUAGCGGAAGCAAAGUCAGGGUAUUAUGCUGGUCCUUUGAGACUUUUGGCGCGAGAGAUAUACGAGAGAUUUAAUGAUCAAGGCAUUAAAUGCAAUUUAGUUACGGGUGAAGAAGUUUUACCAUCGAUAGACGAGUUUGGAAAAAUCAGCGACAUUUCCUCAGGAACUAUUGAAAUGAUUCCCUUGAAUAAAAAGAUGGACAUCUGUAUUAUAGAUGAGAUUCAGAUGCUCGCCGACGACAGAAGAGGCGCGGCGUGGACUAGUGCAGUUUUGGGUGUUUUGGCUAAGGAAAUUCAUGCUUGUGGCGAGGAGAGUGCUGUCCCUUUAAUCAAAAAGUUGACAAAAAUAACGGGUGACGAGUUAGAAGUAAGAAAAUAUAAAAGAUUGGGAAAGUUAACGGUUUUGGAUAAACCAGUCAGUAGUUUAAAAAAAUUACGAAAAGGAGAUUGUGUAAUUGCAUUUUCGAAAAGAAAGAUCUUAGAACUAAAAUGUGAAAUUGAGAGAAAUACUGAUCUUAAAGUCGGUGUCAUAUAUGGUGCAUUACCUCCCGAAAUUCGAUCUAAGGAAGCUAAUGGUUUUAACAAUGGUCAGUACGACGUGUUAGUUGCAUCCGAUGCAGUUGGAAUGGGAUUAAAUUUGAAGAUUCUGAGAAUUGUAUUCUACACCGUCAAAAAAUUUAAUGGGAGUGAAACUAUCCCAUUAACAGCAUCAUCCAUUAAACAAAUUGCCGGAAGGGCCGGUCGCUUCAGUAAAGUUGACGGUGAGCUGGAAGGCUUUGUAACCUCGUUUUCGUCGAAGGAUCUUAAAUUCAUUCGGGAAAUGAUGAAGAUUCCUAAUCUGAACUUAUCGAAGGCAUGUCUAUGGCCAACCAACCAAAUUUGGACAUAUUACAUGACCAAAUUUCCAAAACAUACUUCAUUUUACAAAAUUUUAAAGCAUUUUGAGAAAGAGACUGUAGACUUUAAAAUGGACCAAUUUUUCAUUACGGAGCUAGACGUCAGAUAUGAAAUUUUAAAGCUUUUUCUCCAAGAAAAGUUAUAUAGAAAAACAACAAUUCAAGAUCAGCUUCUGUUAAGUUUGGCGCCAAUUAAUAUUAAGGUGGCUCCUCCACUGGUAAUCAAAACUGCCUUCAAAUUCUUUCAGACUAUCGCCGAUUGUGAGACCAAGAGCAUUUUCGAUUUUGGUUGCUUGCACUCUCAAAUUUUGCAAAACAGGCCAAAAAUUACUGCCACCGCCGACCAAACAGUCGAAGUCCUUCAAGCUCUCGAGGAAGAUCAUAAGUUAGUGCUUAUGUUUCUCUGGCUAGCUCAAAGAUGGCCAACCCUUUUUGUCGACAAAGAAAGCGCACAGGAUAUAAAAACCCUAAUUGAAAAGAGAAUUAGUGAGGAAUUGCUAAACUUAAGAAGAAUCAUGAAGCAUUCGAAAGGAUCAGUAAAGAUAUUAAGGUCUAGGGGACCACUGAAACCGUCCUUACUGCCCUCUUAA